AUGAAUUUGUUGAGUGAAGUAGUGAUCCUCAUUGGAGGCUUUGUUAUUCUUGUUUACUUCUUCUUCAAACGCAAGUACUCCUACUGGGCAAAACUUGGAGUACCUUAUGCGGAGCCAAGCUUUCCUUGGGGCAAUAUUGGUCAACACCACAAGUGUUCCUUAUGGACGGAUCUCAUUCAGAGAAUCUUAGUUAAGGAUUUCGAGUAUUUCCACGACAGAGCUCGAUACUACAACACGGAGGAUGAUCCUAUCUCUGCCCAUCUCUUCAACAUCGACGGUGAAAAGUGGAAGACCUUAAGAGCUAAGAUAUCACCUACCUUUACCAGCGGGAAGAUGAAGAUGAUACUACCCACAAUGAUUGAUGUCGCUCAAAACUUCCACAAAACUCUAUUUGAAAAAAUCGGUAAUGAUACAGAGAUUGAAAUUAAAGAAUAUCUUUCGCGUUUUAGCACUGAUGUUAUAGGUUCUUGUGCAUUCGGACUUGAUUGCAAUAGCCUUAAAAAUCCUAAUGUCGAGUUCCGUAUCUAUGGUGAUAAGUCUAUUCAAAUGAGUUGGUGGAAGAACUUAAAAUUAUAUUUCGCGGAAUCGUACAAGGAUCUUGCUCUGAAAUUGCACAUAACAAUAGUUGACAAAGACGUGUCCGAUUUCUACCGUGGUGUUGUCAGCGAGACGAUUAAAUAUCGCGAAGAGAAUGGGGUACAAAGAAAUGAUUUCUUGAAUUUGUUGAUGCAGAUCAAGAAUCACGGAAACAUAGAUAGUGAGACUAGUAACAAUGAAGGCAAACUGACUUUGGAAGAGAUUGCUGCUCAAUCUUUUGCAUUUUUCGUAGCAGGAUAUGAGACAAGUGCGACUGCCAUGGCAUUUGCCUUAUACGAAUUGGCAAAGCAUCCGGAGAUUCAAGCCAAAACUCGAAAGAAUGUUGUCGAAACUCUGGCUAAAUAUAAUGGAGAAUUUACUUAUGAGGCUGCCAUGGAAAUGACUUAUCUCGAUCAGGCUAUAAAUGAGGUAAUGAGGAAAUAUCCAUCAGGCGGCAGCCUUACACGUCGUAUCUCUCGAGAUUAUCAUGUGCCUGGAACUAAAUUCGUGUUGAAGAAAAAUCUUAGAGUAAUAAUACCCAUCCAUGCAAUCCAGAAUGAUCCAGACAUUUUUCCGGAUCCAGAUAAAUUCGAUCCAGACCGAUUUUCCGUGGAAUCUUCUAAAAAUCGCCAUAGUGCUGCAUUUAUGCCAUUUGGAUAUGGCUCAAGGAAUUGCAUAGGCCUGCGUUUUGGUAUGAUGCAGAUGCGCGUUGGCUUGGCAACUAUUUUAAGAAGCUUCCACAUUAACUCCUGCUCACGAACACCUAAUCCAAUCAUCCUUAAGAAGGAUAACAUUAUGAUGGCCCCCCAAGGAGGGUUCUGCUCACGCUACCGUGGGUCCAGUACGUGUCAGGAUCACUGGACGGCCCUGGCGGAACUCUCUGAGAUCUUCCAGGUAUAG